AUUUCUUUUAAAUAUUUAAAUUUUAUGAUGAAACGACUAGCGUGAUUACAGUUUCCAUCUUUAUCUUCGCUUCUAAAAGGAAGCUAACGUGUUCACUUCCUUUCCGAAUGGAAGUCUCCUAGUGGCAUUGUAUAACGUUAAUCGUAAUUCAACCACAACGUUAAGAUGUCAGGAGGUCUAGAAGUGUUAGCUCUCAAAGAGGACGAUGUAACCAAAAUGUUGGCUGCAUGCACUCAUUUAGGUGCAGAAAAUGUAAAUUUCCAGAUGGAACAGUAUGUGUAUAAAAAAAGAGUUGAUGGUGCAGGUGUUAAUGUCAUCAAUCUUCGUCAUACAUGGGAAAAAUUGUUACUGGCUGCACGUGCUGUGGUUGCCAUUGAACAUCCUAGCGAAGUAUCUGUUAUCAGUUGUCGUCCAGCUGGACAAAGAGCAGUUUUGAAAUUUGCAGCUCAUACUGGUGCUACUCCUAUUGCUGGACGUUUUACGCCUGGAGCAUUCACUAAUCAAAUUCAGGCUGCUUUCCGAGAACCGCGUUUGCUAAUCGUAACUGAUCCAGCUACUGAUCAUCAACCUAUUACUGAAGCCAGCUAUGUGAAUAUUCCUGUUAUUGCAUUUUGUAACACUGAUUCGCCUUUACGUUUUGUCGACAUUGCUAUUCCUUGUAAUACCAAAAGUUUCCAUAGUGUUGGUCUCAUGUGGUGGCUUCUUGCCAGAGAAGUUUUACGAUUAAGAGGUUCCAUUCCACGUGAAACCAAAUGGGAUGUUGUUGUCGAUUUAUUCUUUUAUAGAGAUCCUGAAGAGGCUGAGAAAGAAGAACAAGCAGCAAAAGAAAUUGCACCAGCUAAAGAAUUCGUGGCUCCCGUUGAAGCAACAACUACAGCAGAACCUGGUUGGGCUAAUGAAGUUGAUACUGAUGCUGUACCUGCUGAAAAUUGGGCAGAUGAAGUAGCAGCACCAGCACCAGCAGCAAUUCCUGCUGCUACUGCUGCACCAGCGUUUCAAACUGGUGGUGAUUGGGCAUCUCAGGCACCAGAAGAAUGGUCUACUACACCAUCUGCUACUGUUCAAAGUUGGGGAGGUGCAACCACUGAAAAAUGGUAAUUGCGUUCUCUUUGAGCUAAUGCGAUUUUAAUUCACUUUGUAUACAAUAAUUGUAAUAAAGUGAUGAAAAUACA